AUUUUUUUUCGUUAGCAACUGACAACAGGCCAGUUGCUCCGAGUAGAAGCCGUGGCUCUCUCGCAAGCAGAAGUGGCAAGGCCUCAGAUUAGAGUGAGACCCCAGUCCUAGGCUGGGGUUCUUUCCAUAUAGAGGAGACGGAUUCAGAGGGGCUACAGACCAAGAUUGUUGAAAACCAGACGUAUGAUGAGCGUUUAGAGAUUAACGACUCUGAAGAGGUUGCAAGUAUUUAUACUCCAACCACGAAACACAAAGGAGUUCCUUGUUCCUCCCAUCUUUCUAACAAGACUAUGGCUGAUAACAGCAGUGAUGAGUAUGAAGAUGAAAAUAACAAGGAGAAGAAGAAGACCUCACAGCUGACGCCUCAGCGGGGCUUUAGUGAGAAUGAUGAUGAUGAUGAUGAUGAUGACUCAUCUGAAACUGAUUCUGAUGAUGAUGAUGAUGAUGAAGAGCACGGGGCCCCUCUGGAAGGGGCGUACGAUCCUGCAGACUAUGAGCAUUUGCCAGUUUCUGCUGAGAUUAAGGAGCUCUUCCAGUACAUCAGCAGGUAUACACCACAGUUGAUUGACCUGGACCACAAACUGAAGCCUUUCAUUCCUGAUUUCAUCCCAGCUGUUGGGGAUAUUGAUGCAUUCUUAAAGGUUCCACGUCCUGAUGGAAAGCCUGACAACCUUGGCCUAUUGGUAUUGGAUGAGCCUUCGACAAAGCAGUCAGACCCCACAGUGCUCUCACUGUGGUUAACAGAGAAUUCCAAACAGCACAACAUUACACAACAUAUGAAAGUAAAGAGCCUGGAAGAUGCAGAAAAGAAUCCCAAAGCCAUUGACACAUGGAUUGAAAGCAUCUCUGAGUUACACCGUUCCAAGCCCCCUGCAACUGUGCACUAUACCAGGCCUAUGCCUGAUAUUGACACACUGAUGCAGGAGUGGUCUCCAGAGUUUGAAGAACUUUUGGGAAAGGUGAGCCUGCCCACAGCAGAGAUUGAUUGCAGCCUGGCAGAGUACAUUGAUAUGAUCUGUGUGACACAUUCCAUCUGGGAAGGGACUGGCCACCUGAACAGAAAUGCCCCAUAUUCCCAGAUUUGUGUUUGUUUCUGCUCAUGGGAGUUCUCAAUUUCAGCCAUUCUAGACAUCCCUGUCUACAAGAGUAGAAUUCAGUCCCUCCAUCUGCUCUUUUCCCUCUACUCGGAAUUCAAGAACUCACAGCAUUUUAAAGCUCUAGCUGAAGGCAAGACAGCGUUCACCCCUCCAUCCAACUCCAACUCCCAGGCUGGAGAUGCCGAGACAUUAACCUUCAGCUGAGACACCUCCCAUGUUGCUCUGUUUCACGCCUGAGCCAGCUCCUCUGCCCCGGCUGAGGAGGGAUCACUGUCAGCCUCCUGGCAGCCUUGCCUGCCUCACAGCUUGACUCAGGCAUGGCACACAUCCUACUACCGUUUCUGCCAGAAAGCACUGCUCGCGGCCAUUAAAUGGCUAAUGCCUGUUUCAGAGCUCCUUCACAUGGGAAGUAUGCGUUGAUUUGAGCUAGAAGCACUGGAAUUCCUGGGAUCCCAGGCUGCUCAGGCUGCGAGGAAGGCUGGAAAGAUGUUCUUUUUGAGAUAGCAAUAGGAUUGUUUUCUUUCAUUCUUAAAGUCAAUUGGCAAUGGUUUUACAAAUAAAAUGCUCUUAUCUUUCAGGUUA